AAUUUCCUAGGCUGAUUUUAUUAGGGAAACUGACCCACCCACAUUACCCAGGAGGCACCGCGAACAGACGCUGGUACCGUAUUUCCCAGAAUUCCCUGCAUCUUUCGCAAGCGUUGAAGACGUCGAAGCCAAAAUGGCGACCGGAACAGGCAAGCACAAGCUGCUGAGUACUGGCCCGACAGAGCCAUGGUCCAUCCGAGAGAAGUUGUGUUUAGCAUCUUCUGUUAUGAGGAGUGGAGAUCAGAACUGGGUAUCAGUUAGCAGAGCAAUCAAGCCUUUUGCAGAACCUGGCCGACCUCCAGACUGGUUUUCUCAAAAACAUUGUGCUUCUCAAUACUCAGAGCUCUUAGAGACUACUGAGACUCCAAAACGGAAACGUGGUGAGAAAGGAGAAGUGGUAGAAACUGUUGAAGAUGUUAUUGUUCGGAAACUGACUGCUGAGAGAGUUGAAGAACUGAAGAAGGUGAUCAAGGAAACACAAGAGAGAUACAGGUGGACCUCAGAGAUUGAAUCUCGUCAAGCAGUAAAAACACCUCCUCGAAGGCUACCAACUGUGAUGGUCCGUUCACCUAUAGAUUCUGCCUCCCCAGGAGGUGAUUAUCCACUUGGAGACUUGACUCCAAACACUAUGGAAGAGGCUACCUCUGGGGUAACCCCUGGGACUUUGCCGAGUACCCCAGUCACCUCGUUUCCUGGGAUUCCUGACACCCUUCCUCCAGGCUCUGCACCCUUAGAAGCCCCCAUGACCCCAGUAACAGAUGAUUCACCCCAGAAAAAGAUGCUUGGACAGAAAGCAACUCCACCCCCCUCCCCUCUGCUGUCAGAGCUCUUGAAGAAGGGCAGCCUCCUGCCUACUAGCCCCAGACUGGUCAAUGAGAGUGAGAUGUCUGUGGCUUCUGGCCACCUGAACAGCACAGGUGUUCUCCUGGAGGUAGGCGGGGUUCUUCCCAUGAUACAUGGUGGGGAGAUACAGCCAACAACCAGUGCCGUUGCAGCCUCCCCUGCUGCCUCAGGUGCUCCCACUCUUUCCCGGCUUUUAGAAGCUGGUCCUACACAGUUCACCACUCCUCUUCCUUCCUUCACUACUGUUGCCAGUGAGCCUCCAGUUAAACUUGUGCCACCCCCUGUAGAGUCUGUGUCCCAGGCUACCAUUGUCAUGAUGCCUGCGCUGCCAACACCAUCCUCUGCUCCGGCUGGCUCCACUCCUGAAAGUGUAGCUCCAGUGAGUCAGCCUGAUCCCUGUGUUCCCUGUGAUGCCGUGGGGGAUCCACAUACUGUGACUGUUUCCAUGGAUAGCAGUGAAAUCUCCAUGAUCAUUAAUUCUAUCAAAGAAGAGUGUUUCCGAUCAGGGGUAGCAGAGGCUCCUGGUGGAUCAAAGGCUCCAAGCAUAGAUGGAAAGGAAGAUUUAGAUCUGGCUGAGAAGAUGGAUAUUGCUGUGUCUUACACAGGUGAAGAGUUGGAUUUUGAAACAGUUGGAGACAUUAUUGCCAUCAUUGAAGACAAGGUCGAUGAUCACCCUGAAGUGCUGGAUGUGGCAGCUGUAGAAGCAGCACUAUCAUUCUGUGAAGAAAAUGAUGAUCCGCAGUCCCUGCCUGGCCCUUGGGAACACCCUAUCCAGCAGGAGCGGGAAAAGCCAGCACCUCUUCCGGCACCAGAAAUGACAGUCAAACAAGAGAGACUAGACUUUGAGGAAACAGAAAACAAAGGAAUCCAUGACAUCAGGGAAUCAGGUGUUGAGAUUAAGAUGGAACCUGCAGAGCCAGAGCCAGGCAUGUCAGGGGCUGAGAUAGUAACUGGAGUUGGUCCAGUCUCAAGUAUGGCACCACCAGAACUCAGGAGUCAAGACUUAGAUGAAGAACCUAGAAGUUCUGCAGGUGGAGAGAUUGGUGAAACAGAUGGUUCCAGUGGGAAAGACGAUGAGAUGCCACUUUCAACUGUGAAGGCAGAGGCAUCUCCUGAAAGCUUGUUGUCUCCAUCACAUGGGUCAAAUCCAAUUGAAGAUCCUUUAGAGGAUCCGCACAAGUUUGAAAUAUCAGACUCAUUGAAAGAAGAAUCAGGGACUAUUUUUGGAAGCCAGAUAAAGGAUGCUCCAGGUGAUGAGGAGGAAGAAGAUGGAGUCAGUGAAGUAGCUAGCCUAGAGGAGCCUAAGGAAGAGGAUCAAGGAGAAGGCUAUUUGUCUGAGAUGGAUAAUGAACCCCCUGUGAGCGAAAGUGAUGAUGGCUUUAGUAUACAUAAUGCUACACUGCAGUCACACACUCUGGCAGACUCUAUCCCAAGUAGCCCUGCCUCUUCACAGUUCUCUGUGUGCAGUGAAGACCAAGAAGCAAUUCAGGCUCAGAAAAUAUGGAAGAAAGCCAUUAUGCUUGUGUGGAGGGCUGCAGCAAAUCAUAGGUAUGCCAAUGUGUUCCUGCAACCUGUUACAGAUGACAUAGCACCUGGCUACCAUAGCAUUGUGCAGAGACCUAUGGAUUUGUCAACCAUUAAGAAAAACAUUGAAAAUGGACUGAUCCGCAGCACAGCUGAGUUUCAGCGUGACAUCAUGCUGAUGUUUCAGAAUGCUGUUAUGUAUAAUAGCUCAGACCAUGAUGUGUAUCACAUGGCAGUAGAGAUGCAGAGAGAUGUCCUGGAACAGAUCCAGCAAUUCUUGGCCACACAGUUGAUUAUGCAAACAUCUGAAUCUGGAAUCAGUGCUAAGAGUCUUCGGGGGAGAGAUUCUACCCGAAAACAAGAUGCUUCAGAGAAGGACAGUGUCCCCAUGGGCUCUCCUGCCUUCCUUCUCUCUCUCUUUGAUGGGGGAACCAGGGGACGCCGCUGUGCCAUUGAAGCAGACAUGAAGAUGAAGAAGUGAAGCCUCAGAGUUCCCUCUUUGAGCUGAACCUGAACUAGGAAUAAACAAGACAUAGCUUGGGGCUUGUGGGCUCAGAUCCACAUUUAAUCUUAGUCAAAAGGCUGAGAAGCAGUUAUGGGUCCAGAAGAGAAGGUGCCUGGGCCAAAUGACAUGAGUUGAGAAAAUCUCUUUUCAGAGAGUUGGAGUAGCACAAUUGCCCGUUUUAGGGCAAAAAUCAUGGGCUGUGUUAAUGCCCUACUGUGUAGCUAGCAGAUUGUAUGUAGCUAAUUUGUACUGUCUUGUGAAGUGUACAGACUUUUUUAAAGAAUAAACCUGUGAAGUGUGUGUAUAUAACAAACAGAAGGAAAACUCUGGCCUUUGGUGUGUCCUUUGUGUUUAAAAUGUGUUUUCUUCACCACGGUAACUAAUCAUGAGGGAUGGAUUGUUAGAGCUGAGGAGUGGGUUUAUAAGCAGUUUGCGGCAGCUGAGUAGCCAAGACUAAAACUCGCAAUUAGUGUUUUUAAAAGAAUUAAUAACGGCUAUUUUAUUGGACUUUUCUUGAAUGUUUGGAAAAUGUAAAGAUUAUCAGGAUCUAGUUCAUACAAUUCCUUAGGGAUUUAGCAUGGACAAAGGCAGCAGAAUAGGGCAGGAAUGUUUCAAGCCAGGACUUUCUUUGCUAAUGUUGUUGUUUUCUUUUGUUUUUGUUUUUCAAGACAGGGUUUCUCUGUAAUUUUUUUGGGAGCCUGUCCUGGAACUAGCUCUUGUAGACCAGGCUGGCCUUAAACUCACAGAGAUCUGCCUGCCUCUGUCUCCCAAGUGCUGGGAUUAAAGAUGUGCACCACCACCGUCCACACUAUUGGUAUUUCUGUAGGUAGAACUCAUGCACAAUAUUCUUUUGUCUUUUGAGGUAGAGUCUCUGUAUUUUGACAAGGCUAGCCUAGAGCUAAAAAAUCCUCCAAUUUUAAUUUCCCCAGUAGUUUGGAUUACAGGUGUGUGUACCACACUGGGCUAGAACUGCUGAAGCGACAACAACAGAAACUUACUGUGUAUGUAAAGGUUAGUUUCUAAGAGGAAGUUGAGGGCCAGGCGUGUAUUUUGGUAGUAUAGUGUGGUACAGCUCAACUAGUUCUUGGCAAUCUCCAGUACUGGGGGAAAGAAAUCACUUGAAAACCAGUAACCCUAGCACUUGGGAACUGGGGCAGGAGGAUAGCUGAUAGUUUGCGGCCAGACUGAACUGCAGAAGGAGCUCUUGUCUCAAAACUACAUUGGUGGGGCCUGCAUGGUGUCUCAGUGGGUUCAGGUAUCUGCUAUCCCUGCAACCCACAUGGUGGGAGGAAAGACCUGACUUCUACAAGUUGUGCUGUCCCACACAAUGGAGUGUGCGUUCUCAUAUGUAUACGUGUCUGUGCACACACAAGUGUAAUUAAAAUUUUUAAAAAUGUAUUAAAAACCUUGUGACCUUAGUUUUAUCUAUCCUAACUUCUGUUUCUAAAUAAAAAUAUUCGUCAGUAAAAUGAACUAG